CUUUCACCCGUGCUGGAUGUCAGUUCACGGUGGUCGCUCUCCACUUGCUAAAGUAACAGUCAAGCAUAUAUACAUAUACCAGCCGUGCAUACCCAACAUAUACGAAUAAAUAAUAACGCGGUCCACGUAUCACGAAUUUUAACCAUCCUUCUACGAACUAUACCAUGCCACCUGGAAUACAUCUUGCAGGCCCCUUGCGCACUGCAGUCAAUGCACUCAUCACUGCAGUAAACAGACUGGACAAGUCCUUCUCUCCCUCGGACACACUCGCCAAGUUCCAUGCCCACAAAUUCACCCUCAAAGACUCGAUAUACAUCCUGCAUAUACUCUCCGCCCUCUUUUGGCUUACCCUCAUGGAAGUCCCUCCAUUUCCUUAUAAACUGGCGAUACCUGUUCUAUAUGCGAUUGCCUUGCUCAUCCCAUUCACCUCCCAAUUCUUCGUUCCCGCAACUCCCGUCUUUUCAUGGGUCCUCAUGUUCUACUCCAACCAGUUCCUACCAGCAGACCAUCGACCCGCAGUUCACGUCGUCCUUUUGCCCACCCUCGAGUCCGUACUCUACGGCGCGAACAUCAGCGACAUCCUCACGCGCUUCACCCACCCCAUUCUUGACAUCAUCGCUUGGCUCCCCUACGGAGUCAUCCACUACACCUUCCCCCUAGUUCUAGCUGCCCUCCUCUGGCUCUUCCGCCCACCCGCUCUACGCAUUUUCGCAAAGGCAUUCGGAUACCAGAACUGCAUCGGCGUAUUCGCCCAGAUCGUCCUCCCCUGCGCAGCGCCCUGGUACGAGAUCAUAUACGGCCUCACACCCGCAGCAUACGGUACACCAGGGUCUGCAGGCGGCUUAGGAAGGAUCGACGAGUUAUUCGGCGGUGAAGGCUACAAACGCACAUUUGCAAGCUCGCCACUCGUAUUUGGCGCGUUCCCAAGCUUGCACGCAGCAUGGGCAACGCUCGAAGCGCUCUUCAUCAGCGCUUUAUGGCCAGAAUGCGCAAAGUGGGCUUGGGGAUACGCAGCGGUGCUGUACUGGAGCACCAUGUAUCUCAGUCAUCAUUAUCUCAUCGAUGUCGUGGGUGGUGCAUGUCUUGCGACUGCGUGUUUCUACUUUUUUGUGCCUGAGGAGCUGCGCAAUGGGAGUGUCAAUGGUGCAGGGGAUAAGUAUGAGAGGUAUGAUCUUGAGUCGAGAAGGGAUGGCGGGUUUGGGGUGGGCAUGGAGGAGUUUGCGAGCGAUUGGACUGUUAGCGAUGAAGAGGAGACCCCGAUUGCUUACCGUUCGCCGAAUCCUGCGAAUGUUCAGGGAAAGGGAAAGGGGAGAGGGCAUAGGCAUACUGCUAGUAUCGCAAGUCUGAUCAGGGCUGAUGAAAGAGCUGGGGAGGAGGGCUGGAGUCCGAUCGCGGGAGCAGGGUUCGUGUUUCCGCCUGAAAGCAGAAGACUCUUCUCUCUCCAGCCUGGUUGCUGCCGCUCUACAUCUGCAUUACAGCGGUACCUACGUACUUACUACUAUCAUAGUUGAUCUCAUGGCUCUUCGUGGUCGCUGGGGACAGCGUAGAGCACAUGAUCAUAAACACCAUUCAAG